CCGUUUACUCACCAUAUUUCUUGGAAAAAUCCCUAAUUCCCACUUCCUCGGUUCUCUCCAGAUUCUUCCCCAAAUGGCUCUCCGAUCCCUCAAAUCGCCGUUGCCGGCACCAUCCGUCGCCUUCUCCGCCGGGAAGAGGCCUCGCUCCUGCAGUUUCGCGUCGAAUCCGACCGUCGCCGUCUUCAACCGCCGCUACUCGUUCUUUGGCACCGCUUCGAUCCUCAAACUCAAUCCCAGUACCUCCGCCGCCGCCGCCACGUUUCCGUCACCUCCGACGAAGAGAUUCCGGUGCAUGGCGACGGCGCUGACGCCGCAGCUGAGGGAAACGCUGGACAAGCUGGUGAGCUCGAAGGAGGUGGUGCUGUUCAUGAAGGGGACGAAGGAUUUCCCGAUGUGCGGGUUCUCGAACACGGUGGUGCAGAUCCUGAAGACGCUGAAUGCGCCGUUCGAGGACGUGAAUAUUCUGGAGAACGAGCUCCUGAGGCAAGCGUUGAAGGAAUACUCGAACUGGCCGACAUUUCCUCAGCUUUACAUCAACGGCGAGUUCUUCGGCGGCUGUGACAUUGCCAUUGAGGCUUUUCAGAGUGGUGAGUUGCAGGAAGUAUUGGAGAAGGCUAUGUGUUCUUGAAAUCACUAAAAAGAAAGGAAAACACGUUGUUGAUUGUGUGGAAUCUGUGAUGAAUGAUACAGAAAUUGUGUUUCUGGGUAUUUAGGGUUUAAUCUGUGGACUGGACGAUCAAUCAUUGCAUCUGAAAAAGAUCACGCUUUAUAAAGUGUUCAAGAUAGUUAGAGAGUUGCUGCUAAUGUCGGAAAACGUCUGAAAGGUGUUCAGUCUAUACACUAAAACCUUUCCGUGA